AUGCCAAACAAGCAAAGGAUAUACAACUGGUAUGCCGCUCUUGUGGCUGCCGGUUGCAUGGUGUUGAUGGGAUACGACGCUUCCGUCUUCAAUUCCGUUCAAGUUUCACCGAACUGGGUAGACCAUUUUGGCAAUCCGAGCAAUUAUAUGAUUGGAUUGAUCAAUACUACGUAUACCGUCGGUGGCAUCACCGCUGGCUGGUUCUUCGCAGGUCCGCUGGCUGACUACUUUGGCCGCCGCUGGGGAAUGGCAAGUGGAUGCAUUCUCACUAUUUUUGCGACAUUCGUCCAGACCUUUGCUCCAAGACACAAACUCGGCCUCUUCAUCUUCGGACGUGUUCUCAUCGGAUUUGGCCAGGGCCUGGCAAUCGCCGCCGGUCCCGUUUACAUCGGAGAGAUUACACCCUCGGACAUCAGAGGCAAAGUCAUGGCUUUUUGGCAGCUCUUUUACUCGGUGGGAUCGUUCAUUGCCUACUGGAUUAACUAUGUCUCUGCUAGACACCGUGAUAGUCUCGGGGACUGGGACUGGAAGAUGGUCGUCAUCUUUCAACUGCUGCUUCCAGUGCUCAUCACCAUUCAGCUUCCGUGGAUUCCAGAGUCCCCACGAUGGCUGAUCCAUCGCCGCAACGAUGUUGACGCCGCUAGUAAGGCUUUGCUCCGGAUGCGUUCUGACUCUGUCGAGGUCGAGGCAGAGAUCCUAGCCAUACGUCAGGCGAUCGAGUACGAAAAGGAAGGCGCCAGCACUGGAGCAAAAGGGUACCUUCAAAUGAUCAAGGAUCCCAGUAUUCGAAAGCGUCUCCUUCUGGGGUUUGCUAUCAAUAUCGGGCAGCAACUCGGUGGGCAGGGGACGCUGAACUCAUACUCCUCCACUAUCUACAAAAAGGUCUUCCAGAGCAUCGACACUAUCAACCUUAUCAAUGCCCUGAAUGCCACUUGUGGAAUCCUAUUUACCCUCAAUGCUGUCUGGACAGUAGACCGCUUUGGGCGAAGGGUGCUCUUUAUCGUCGGAGCCAGCGGCAUGGCCCUCUGCACUAUGCUCAUAGCAGUGGUAGGGCUUACCACCCCUGGAGUUGACGGUGCCAAGUCUUACUCCGUGGGUAUCGCUAUCGCAUUUCUCGCCUUCUUGUUUAUCUUCUUCUAUAAACCCUCCUGGGGUGCUACCACCUGGAUUUACACGAGCGAGAUCUUCCCAAUUGCCGUUCGGGCUCAGGCAAUGGGAAUGUGUUCCCAGAUGCAAGGGAUUGCCAAUACGAUCUUCCAGCAGUUCUUUCCGCAAUUCUACGCUGACUGUGGCCUGUAA